CGCUCAAACAUCACCGGAAGUAACUCGCGAUGUCUUAAAAGUGUUCAGAUUUACAGUAAAGUUACAGUAUGAUGUGAUGCCACUCUGAAGAUACCUGCCUUUAUGUCACAAUGGACACUUCACAUCAUUUACUCUUACUCUUGAUGUUUUUGCACUAUGCAAUAGGUUCCAAUAGUAGCUGUGUGAAAAUUCUUCCAGACUCCAGCAGUAACAUUGUUCUUGAGGUGGGAAAAAACUUCACCGCGACUUGUCACCUCCUGGAAGGCUCUGUUUAUACCUCAGAUGACAUUGAAUGGAGAUUGGAAAACAUCAGCAUUGCAAAGCAGUUUUACCGUAAAAUAAAUGAAACGGCUGUCAGUGUUACUGUUAACGUCAGCAGUGACAUGAGCGGUUUGCUGCGCUGCAGAGCCGCCAAGGAGUCGCUGUCAUACGCACCACAGUGUAUCUAUGGAAUCUUUCUCCGUACGGGAUAUCCUCCACUGAAACCAAAGAAUCUGUCAUGCCUUGCUUUGCAAGAGGGCAAGGAUAUUUCCUCUUACUUAAACUGUAGUUGGGAUCCAGGAUCGCGAUCCCCGCUGCUCGACACAAAUUACACCCUUACUGUCAAUGUACUUGCUUCAGACCUAACAUAUAAAGCUGAGUGUAAUCAGCAUCUUGCAAGAUACUGCGUAGUCAAUCUGGAGACUUUUCAGAUUCAUAUGCUUUUUAGAGUGUGGGUUGAAGUGAAGAAUGCGCUGGGCUCAGAGCGGUCAGACGAACUUCAAAAGUAUUCUGCAUAUUUUGUGAAACCAAAUCCACCACUGAAUGUCCGAGUCCUCACUGAAGUUAAUAUCUCCACAAGUCUCAUGGUUACUUGGAAGCAUCCCGUUCACGAGACUGUUUUGAAACUCUCUUAUGCCAUCAGAUACUGCAAAGUAGCAUCCGAUGUUUGGGUCGAGGUGCCUGAGAGCUUCACCGAAGCGUACAUGGAGUCGUUUAGACUGCAGUCUCUGGAGCCUUACACUCAAUACGUGGUGCAGAUGCGAUGCAUUGGAGAAAGUCACAGCAGUCACUGGAGUAACUGGAGCGCCAGCGUCACAGGGCACACCGCAGAAGCCAAGCCAGCAAGCGCACCAGAUCUUUGGAGAAUCAUCCAGCCCACUUCUAAUAAUAGAAAUGUCACUUUAGUAUGGAAGGCUCCUGUAAAAACGAAUGGAAAAAUACUGAAAUAUUACCUGAAUAUCAGUCAAGAUUAUGUGAUGUUUGAAAGUCACACUAUAACAGAUAAGCCCAGGCUGAUGUAUUCGAUGGAGUUGCCACCAGGAAAAACGGCCAGUAUUGAACUAGCUGCUGUCAAUUCAGUUGGAGCGUCUCCUAAAGCAACUUUAUUCAUUCCAAGAUCAGAUCAAGAGCUUCCUGGUGUGGGGGAUAUGAGAUGGUCGGUGCGUGAUGAAAAGCCGGAGCCGGAGCUGCAGGUGGAGUGGACUGCUGUCCCGUCUCGUCCUGCCGGCUUACAUCUCUUCCAUUACCUGCUGGAGUGGGUGAAAAUCCCCCAGAAUGUGCAUCAAACAGAGCUUCAGGCGGGCUGGCAGAGAGUCUCCUGCAAUGUCACCAACACCACACUAAACGGUGAUUUGGAGAAAUUCAAGCGGUACAACAUAUCAGUGUAUCCAAUUUACAAGUAUCAUGUUCGACACACGUUGCAGACACACUUCCUAGCAGGAAGACCAGUAACCAGACCAGCCUACAUUCAACAAGGACCUCCAGAAAAGGGUCCUACUGUCACAGUAACCAAAUCCAAGAAGAACAGUGCCGCGCUGACGUGGGAGGAGAUCCCACUGGACAGACAGCGGGGAUUCAUCACCGACUACACCAUAUUCUAUGAGAUCAGGAACACUAAGCAAUGGAAAUCUGUGACGGUGAGCCCUAAUGUCCAUUCAUAUGCACUGACUGAUCUGGCCAGUGAAACUGAUUACGUGGUUAACAUCAUGGCGUCAACUGUAGCAGGCUCUGAAAAAGGCAUGGAUUGUACGUUUAAAACCAUGAAGUACGGCGAUGGAGAGGUGGAGGUGAUUGUAGUGGUGGUUUGCCUCAGCUUCCUGUUCCUGACCGUCUUUAUCAUAAUGCUCUGCCUUUGGAAAAGAGAAGUGAUUAAGAAGCUGUUGUGGCCGCAGGUUCCAGACCCGUCUGACAGCUCCAUUGCCCACUGGUCACCUGAUUUCCCCAUUAAGGCCGAUGUGCCCAAAGAAGACGUUAGCGUGGUGGAAGUGGACGUGUUUGACGGCAAGUCCCUGAGCGAGGAAGACAAAGCCGUGCUGCCGCUGAAGAAGGACAAGUAUCUCUCUGAGGAGCACAGCAGCGGCAUCGGAGGCUCGUCCUGCAUGUCCUCGCCCCACCACAGCGUGUCGGACAUCGACUCGGGCGACUCGGGCCAGACCACAGCCAGCACCGUGCAGUACUCCUCAGUGGUGGCAGGCGCCUACAAGGGCCAGACUCCCAGCCAUCAGCCUCCGGCGUUCGCUCGCUCCGAGUCCACACAGCCGCUUCUGGACUGCGAGGAGCAUCCCGACCAUCUCAGCGAGAGCGGUGGCCAGUCCAGGAGCUCGUACUUCAGACGAGGCCGAGAACUCGAGCUGGGCGUCCUCGGCCAGGAAUGCGAUGGAGCCUCUCUUACUUUCUGUCCAGUGCAGGAGGAGACGUCUCCUGUCGCAGAGGAUCCUCCCGCCUUAUGUUACAUGCAGCAGCAGAGCGGCUAUCUACCUCAGUAAAAUAUUCAAGCUGAUGCUGCCGCUUUGGAGACGGCCCUAAGCUACUGUAUUUAGUGUCACCUUUCCACGGCAUCUUAAAGCAGCACUAUGUAACUUUUUCUGUGUUCAAAUUUUGCAAAAUGUAUAUAAUG